AUGAUCUCACCACAAAAUACUAUUUUUAGGUGGUUCAUCGGUCUUCUUUUUACUUUGAUUCUUCCAUGCAUAAACUCAGCGAUGGAAUUGCGAUAUCCCUCGCUUUACAUAUCAAGUUUAAUCAUCCAGCUGAUUACCUUGCCUUUUGGUAAGGCACUGGAAAGAAUCCUCCCCCAGACAAGAUUCAACACAUUCGGGUUCGUCUGGUCGUUGAAUCCGGGACCGUUCAACAUCAAGGAACAUGUUUGUAUCACGGUGAUGACCAGCGUCGCAACUCCGGGGUAUGCGACAGACGUCAUACUAGCUCAGCGGUUCUUCUAUCAUCAAACAUUAUCAUUUGGAUACCAACUGCUUCUUGUUCUCGGCGUUCAGGCCUAUGGGUUCUCAUUGGCCGGUAUUCUUCGCCAGUAUGUCGUCUGGCCGCCUAGCAUGAUCUGGCCCGGGGCGAUCGUUAAUUGCGCUCUGUUCAAUACUCUCCACAAGACUUAUGGACAUCACGAGCGAGGAGGGAUGACCCGCGAGAGAUUCUUCUUGCUCUUCUUCAUCGGCAGUCUUGUCUACUAUUUCCUCCCCGGCUACCUCUUCACCGCCCUGAGUGUUUUCAACUGGGUAUGUUGGAUUGUACCGAAUAACGUCACGGUGAAUUCGUUGUUCGGUGCAUAUGGGCUAGGCAUGAGUGUCUUGACGUUUGAUUGGACGAUGAUAUCAUAUCUGGGCAGCCCGUUGGUAACUCCCUGGUGGUCUGAAGCAAAUGUUAUGGUUUCAUUUGUGCUGUUUUUCUGGUUCAUAGCCCCCAUCAUGUAUUUCAGCAACGCCCUGAAUACAGCGUACAUGCCGAUAUCAUCAUACUACUCGUAUGACAAUACGGGGUCGACUUACAACGUCAGUCUCGUUAUCACCGAUGGCAUCCUCGAUUACGACAAAUACCAGUCUUACUCUCCCAUUUUCCUUCCUGCGACCCUGUGUCUCGCCUACGGGCUGAGCUUCGCCAUGUUCCCUGCUGUCGUCGUCCACACGUUUUUGUGGUUCCGCCAAGAUAUUGUUCGUCGAUUCCGAUCAUCUCUGAAGGAUGAACGUGAUGUUCAUUCGCGGCUGAUGCAGGCGUACCCUGAAGUCCCUCGUUGGUGGUAUGCGGUCGUCGGCGUAUUCGGCAUCGUCUUUCUGUUUGUGGCCAUUGAGAUAUUCCCCACUCAGCUCCCCAUAUGGGCUGCUCUCAUUGCGAUCCUGUUUUCAGCGGUGACUGCACUUCCGUUGGCUAUGAUUCAUGCCGUCUCGAAUAUGUCCAUCACAUUCAAUGUUAUGUGCGAGCUCAUCGCAGGAUACAUGCUCCCCGGAAAGGCCAUCGCCAAUGUUAUCUUUAAGUCGGUGGGAGUGAUGGGCUCAACCCAGGCUGCUACCUUUUCUGGGGAUCUGAAGCUAGGCCAUUAUAUGAAGAUCCCUCCGCGGACGAUGUUUUCGAUUCAGGUGGUUUCAGUGAUCAUAGCGGCUUUUGUGUCGGUGGGCACCCAGAAUUGGUUGUUUGCGAAUAUCGAAGAUCUAUGCUCGUCCACGCAGAAAGAUGGAUUUGUCUGUCCUUCCUCGAAUACAUUUGCUACGGCGUCUUUCAUCUGGGGCGGUAUCGGACCUUCUCGGGUCUUUUCGCCUGGCGCAUCAUAUAAUUCGCUCUUAUGGUUUUUCCUUCUCGGCGCCCUUCUUCCCAUCCCCUGCUACUACCUCGCACGUCGCUUCCCACGUUCAAGUUGGCGAUAUGUCAACAUCCCUGUUUUCUUUGCCGGAGCGUUAGCCAUUCCGCCGGCAUCAGGGAUGAACUACGCUUCGUGGGCGCUCGUUGGAUUUAUAUUCAACUUCUAUAUUCGCCGCCGGUACUUCCGUUGGUGGAUGCGAUACAACUACGUUCUCUCAGCGGCCCUUGACGCCGGCACUGCCGUCGCUAUCGUUCUUUUGUUCCUCUGUUUACAACUCCCGAAGGGUGGGAUUGAAUUAAAGUGGUGGGGCAAUACAGUUUGGCAACAUACAGCGGACAAUCUGGGUACACCCCUGAAAUCUCUAAAUCCAGGAGAGACUUUUGGACCAUCAACUUAG